AAGUUUGUCUGUAAAUCAGUUUCUAGAUUGUGGAGAUCUAAAAGACACGAAAUUUGCUGAAAUCUGGUUGAUAUCCCAGAUUUUUUAGAGGGAUUAGGGUAGAUUCUGUAGAAUUUGUGCGGGUUUGAUUGGAAACAUGACGGUGGAGGAAGUUAGUGAUGGUUCUUUGUGGAGUAGGGAGGAUGAUAUUGCCUUUGAGAGAGCUCUAGCUAAUAACACUGAUGAAUCAGAGGAACGGUGGGAGAAGAUUGCUGCUGAUGUUCCAGGCAAAAGUGUUGAACAGAUUAAAGAACAUUACGAGCUUUUAGUUGAAGAUGUUAGUAGGAUUGAAUCAGGAUGUGUGCCUCUUCCUGCCUAUGGGUCUCCUGAAGGAUCAAAUGGUCAUGCUGGUGAUGAAGGAGGAAGUAGUAAGAAAGGAGGUAACAGUCAUGCGGGAGAGUCUAACCAAGGAGGUAAAUCAAAGUCCGAUCAAGAACGACGAAAGGGUAUUGCCUGGACGGAAGAUGAGCACAGGUUAUUUCUUCUUGGUUUGGAUAAGUACGGGAAAGGUGAUUGGCGUAGCAUUUCUCGCAACUUUGUAGUAACAAGAACACCGACCCAAGUCGCUAGCCACGCUCAAAAGUAUUUCAUUCGUCUAAACUCAAUGAAUAAAGACAGAAGGCGAUCAAGCAUUCACGACAUCACAAGUGUUGGCAACGCAGAUGUCUCAACGCCACAAGGACCAAUCACUGGUCAGAACAACAGCAAUAACAACAACAACAACAACGCCAGUUCUCCUGCUGUUGCUGGAGGAGGAAACAAAUCAGCCAAGCAAGCCGUCUCUCAAGCACCACCUGGAGCUCCUAUGUAUGGAACACCCACCAUAGGUCAAUCAGUAGGCGGACCAUUGGUCUCAGCAGUUGGAACACCAGUGAACCUCCCAGCUCCACCUCACAUGGCUUAUGGAGUCCAUGCUGCUCCAGUCCCUGGCUCAGUGGUUCCUGGUGCAGCAAUGAACAUGGCUAAAUCAAUGGAUCGAGCUCUGUCGUGGUUCCGACGUUUAGCAGUUGGGUUUGAGAUGCGAGAAGGAGCAGCUUGGAACGGAGAGCUAACAAAUAAGCAAAUACAUCUGCAAUGGGAGUUGGAAAAGCAGCAAGAUGCAAUGACAUCUGUGAUAGCAAGUUUGAACAAGCAUGGGGAGGGAGUUUAUGUUAUAGCCUCUACUUUCAUGUCCUUGAAAGGGUUGGUCGAGUGCUUGACAUCCCCGGAGGUGGCUAUUCCUGUCAGUGCUCUUGGCGUUGGACCUGUCACCCCUGGGGAUAUCUUCAAGGCCCGUAAACUACAGUUUGCCACUGUCCUCGCGUUUCAAGUCAAGUUGACUCUAAAGGCCAGGCAAGUAGCAGAAGCAUUGGAAGUCAAAGUAAUAUGUGGUGACUCCAUUGAACAACUCUGCCGACUGUUUCGGGAGUAUACCACCAGUGGCAGUGAGCUGCUGCGAGAGGACAGGGCAGUGAGUGAUGAAGCAGUCUUACCAUGCGUCCUCUCCAUGUUACCCAAGUGUGUGCUCAACAAGGAAGACCCAAUUCUCGUGGGAGUUUAUGUUGUUGAGGGUUCUCUCAGGGUAGGGACUCCAUUAUGCAUUCCAGACAAAGCUUUCAUCAAUAUAGGACGGGUUGCAUGGAUUGACAAGGACCAGCAACCUGUCAAGGUUGCAAGCCAAGGCGACAAGGUGAUUAUCAAGAUUGUUGCAGCAGACCCCAAAACAAAACAGUUGAUGUUGGGAAGAGAUUUUGACGUUGGAGAUGUUCUUGUCAGUCGCAUCCCUAGAAGAUCUAUCUACCAUGUGGCCCAUUCCAUCAUUCCAAGCUAAUGACUGGGUCGAACAAAAAUCUCAUCCUCUG